CUUCCACGCAGCCAUUGUACACCAGCCCUGCGCGGCGAAUACCGGUCUGUCUCAUGGAUUGCCUGUCCUAGGUGACCGAGGCGCUGCAGAGCGGGCACCAGGGGGCGGGCACCUGCUCUGGCAUCUCCAGGGUGUAGAGAUAAAAUGGCAUUGGAGGGACAGAGGUGAUCUAAAGUAUCACUAAUGAGCCAAGCCGUACUUGCUGAAAAAUAGAAUAUGGAUGUUGGCGUAUCUGCAAAAAAUGUGGUGCACCUUCUACAGGUUACAGAUAUGUUUUGUGGUUAUCUUCUUCUUGGUGGUGUUGGUGUUGGUUAGUAACAUCCAUCUGGCUGAGCAUCUGAAUCAUAGGAUGGGGCUGGAGCCAGAAAGGGGAAAUCUGUACAGAGAUACAGCUCGUUCUCUGUCACCAGUAAGCGGGAAAUAUAAUUGUGAUUUUCGGCUUCAAAUUCUGUCCAAAUCUGAGUAUGAAGAACAGAAAUCUCUACUGAAAAUGGUGGCAUGGCCUGGACCACCACAUGACAAGAUUGAGUUUAUGAAAAGCACAGAUGCUGCUCACAGUCAUUUUGUCAUCUUACAGUCCAAGUCCUCAUUUAAGGUGGGAGAUGUAUUGGAAGUGCUUGUGAGGGUCCAUGAUUUUGAAGGAAACCCGAAGCACUAUGGAGGAGACUAUUUGCAAACAAGAAUUCAUUCUCCUUUGUUGAAAGCUGGUGCAGUGGGAACAGUCUUGGACCAUCAGAAUGGAUUCUAUAGUGUGUACUUUGCAUUACUUUGGCCCGGUAGGUUGACUGUUUCAGUGGUUCUGGUUCACCCAAGUGAAGGGAUUCAAGUCCUUCAACAAUUACGUGAAGACAAACCAGACAGAGUUUACUUUAAAAGUCUGUUCCGUUCAGGUGACAUUUCUGAAACCACAAUGUGCAAUGUUUGUCUGCCUAAAAAGCAACCAAUAUGCAAUUACACAGACCUUAACACUGGAGAACCAUGGUUCUGCUACAAGCCUGACAAGUUAUCUUGCUCCAGUCGAGUAAAUCAUGCUAAAGGAGGUUACAUGAAAAAUCUUUUGACUUUACAUGAUAGCAUGUUCUUUCAAAGUGAUGUGAACAUCAAAGUACCCAUAUUGGCAAGUGGCCCUGACACAGUGACAGUGCAUCCUUGGAAUGUUAAAGAGAAAUAUUUUCUCAACAGCUUAAAGUUUCUCCCAUCGGGUUACUAUUAUAGAGAUCAGUGGAGGUCUGGGAGAUCAACACUAUGGCAGUUCGACAAGCCUUUAGACAUCACUGAUUGUUUACAGGGGAAAAUGGUGCAUUUUUUUGGAGACUCUACCAUAAGGCAGUGGUUUGAAUAUCUCACAGACGUUGUUUCAGACCUAAAGCCAUUUGACCUGGAGAGCCCUAAGAAUGUUGGUCCAUUCUUGGCUGUUGAUGUUGACCGUAAUAUAAUGCUGAAAUUCCGCUGUCAUGGGCCACCAAUUCGCUUCUCAACAGUGUCAAGCAAUGAGCUGCGUUAUAUUGCCAAUGAAUUGGAUGGUAUAGUGGGAGGAAAGAACACUGUAGUAGCCAUGACCAUCUGGUCUCACUUCAGCACCUUUCCAGUGGAGGUAUACAUAAGACGCCUUAGGAACAUACGAGCCGCUCUUCUCCGCCUACUGGAGCGCAGUCCAGACACAGCUGUCAUCAUUCGCUCGGCCAAUGUCCAGGAGCUUGGACCUGAAGUGAGCCUCUUCAAUAGUGACUGGUUUUCACUGCAGCUAGACACUGUAAUGAGGGCUAUGUUUUCUGGACUUCAUAUUAAAAUUGUGGAUGCUUGGGAGAUGUCACUUGCACACUAUCUGCCACAUGCAUUACACCCUGACCGCAGCAUUGUAAAGAAUCAGAUAGAUGAGUUUUUGUCAUUUGUUUGUCCUAAUUGAGUAUUUGUUUCUUUUAGAUUAAUUAAAGGGAAUCUGUCACCAGCGAACUCCCUGUUUGCAUAGACACACGUGGUUCACCUGAUUAAAACGCUCUUUUUCGUUUUGUCGAUCUGAAGCUCCGUUCCCGAGUUAUGACACUUUUUUCUUAAUAUACAAAUGAGGCCUUUGGUAUAAUAAGGGCAACACCACUGCUGUUGUUGCACUUAAGCUCCACUCCUUUUUUUGUAACCAGCCCCUCCCCUUGCUGUUUUGAUUGACAGCGCCAGGGAGUGGAAAGCAGCGAUGGAGGGGCUAACCACAGAAAGGAGCAGAGCUUGGGUGCAACGAGAGAAAGGGUGAUGCCCUCAUUGUACCAAAGGCCUAAUUUGCAUGUUAAAGAGGACCUUUCAAU